GCGGGGUGCGAAAUAACAGCUUUUAGUCGGCGCGUCCUCCAGCUCAGGGGGGGGCGCGGGCGCCCAGCGGAGCGCUCCGGCACAGACACAGGCCAGCAGGCAGCCCGCAGUCGCCCGCGACACCAGCACCAGCCACCCCCCAACCGGCAGCACCACCGCAAACCACCCACACCGCACCGGCCGCGUCCACACCCGCACCAGCCAGCGGCGAGCCAGCGCCCAGUCAUCGAACUCCUGCACGAGGUUCCUGAAAGCCCAGCACGAUGUCCCUGCGUCCGCAACGCACACGCCGUACCAAAGUGUACGACUGCAACUAUGACAUCGGCCAGCGCUACUACAAGCCCGUGGUGGACGACCUGGACCGCAAGUACUCCGGGCGCACGAGCGCCGACUCCCCGGGCAGCGGCCUGGGCUCGCUGCGCUCCGCCCUGGAGGAGGCCGAGAGCAGCCUGGGCUCCAGCAGCGCGCGCCGCGCCGCCCGCGAGGCCUCCGCCGAGGAGCUGGAAGAGUCGACAACAUUGAAUAGAACUUGUUACCAGGCAAAUCAUGCGACGCGAAGUUGGCACUCUUAUGAUGAAUAUGCCUUCAGUAUGUCUGAUGGUCCAUUAACGUUUACUCACGAGCCAUGCCUCACAAGAGAAGAGGAAUGA